ACCAUGGGGCUGAAGGCUCGGCGCGGCGCCGCGGGCGGUAGCGCGGCCGGCGGGGCGGCGGCGGCGGCGGGGCGGCGAGCGGCGAGCGGCGGCGACCCCGAGCAGGGCUCGCUGGCCCUGGGCGCCGGCGGCGACCGGGACGGGACACUGCUGCUGGAGGGCGGCGGGAAGGAGGAGGGCGGCAAGCGGAGCCCGCCGGGGCUGGGGCUGCUGGCGAAGACCCCCCUGAGCCGCCCGGUGAAGCGGAACCACGCCAGGUACCGCCGCAUCCAAACUUUGAUCUACGACGCCCUGGAACGACCCCGCGGCUGGGCGCUGCUCUAUCACGCCUUCGUGUUUCUGAUUGUCUUGGGGUGUUUGAUCUUAGCUGUCCUGACAACUUUCAAGGAGUAUGAAACUGUUUCUGGAGACUGGCUCCUCUUGUUGGAAACUUUUGCCAUUUUCAUCUUUGGAGCAGAGUUUGCCUUAAGAAUCUGGGCUGCUGGCUGUUGCUGUCGCUACAAAGGAUGGAGAGGGAGACUCAAAUUCGCCAGGAAGCCUUUGUGCAUGCUGGAUAUCUUUGUGCUGAUUGCUUCAGUGCCAGUGGUUGCUGUUGGGAACCAGGGCAAUGUUCUGGCCACGUCUCUCAGAAGCCUCCGCUUCCUUCAGAUCCUACGGAUGCUCCGAAUGGACAGGCGGGGCGGCACCUGGAAACUUUUAGGAUCAGCUAUUUGUGCACAUAGCAAAGAACUCAUCACUGCUUGGUACAUCGGGUUCUUGACGCUCAUCUUAUCCUCGUUUCUUGUUUAUCUGGUUGAAAAAGAUGUCCCUGAAAAAGAUGCUAAUGGAGUGGAGAUGAAAGAAGAGUUUGAAACCUAUGCAGAUGCACUGUGGUGGGGGCUGAUCACCCUGGCUACGAUUGGGUACGGCGACAAGACCCCCAAAACAUGGGAGGGACGGCUGAUUGCAGCUACCUUCUCUCUCAUUGGAGUGUCUUUCUUUGCUCUUCCUGCAGGCAUUUUGGGCUCAGGGCUGGCACUGAAGGUCCAGGAGCAACAUCGUCAAAAACAUUUUGAGAAAAGAAGAAAGCCAGCAGCUGAACUCAUUCAGGCUGCUUGGAGAUACUAUGCUACUAACCCCAACAGGAUUGAUUUAGUUGCUACCUGGAGGUUUUAUGAAUCAAUUGUAUCAUUUCCAUUUUUCAGGAAAGAGCAAUUGGAUGGUACUGCCAGCCAAAAGCUGGGUCUCUUGGAUCGGGUUCGUGGUACCAAUACUAAAGGAAAGCUAUUUACCCCUCUGAAUGUAGAUGCCAUUGAAGAAAGUCCUUCAAAAGAACCUAAGAAUGUUGUCUUGAAUAAUAAGGAGCGUUUUCGCACUGCAUUCCGAAUGAAAGCGUACGCUUUUUGGCAAAGCUCAGAAGAUGCAGGAACAGGGGAACCCAUGGCAGAAGACAGAGGCGACAGUAAUGAUUUUCUUAUGGAAGAUAUGAUCCCCACAUUCAAGACAGCCAUCCGAGCUGUCAGAAUACUACAGUUUCGUCUCUAUAAAAAAAAAUUCAAGGAGACUUUGAGGCCUUAUGAUGUAAAGGAUGUGAUAGAGCAAUACUCAGCAGGGCAUCUUGAUAUGCUUUCCAGAAUAAAAUACCUUCAGGCAAGAGUAGAUAUGAUUUUUACACCUGGACCUCCAUCUACUCCCAAGCAUAAGAAAUCCCAAAAAGGAGGAGCUUUUUCUUACCCUUCACAACAGUCUCCCAGAAAUGAUCCGUAUGUAGCCAAAGCAUCUACAGCAGACACUGAAGACCAAAGUAUGAUGGGCAAAUUUGUCAAAGUUGAACGACAGGUAAAUGACAUGGGGAAGAAACUGGAUUUUCUUGUUGAUAUGCAUAUGCAUCAUAUGGAACAGCUGCAAAUACAAGUCGCCGAGAUAAGUCCAUUGAAAGAAACUGCUUCUCCUGCAAGGGAGAAGAGAGAAGAAAACAAAUAUUCUGAAUUAAAAACAAUAAUAUAUAAAUACACUGAGCAGUGUGCUCGUGAAACUCCUUACAACUUCCAGCAGGUUCCAGUCAACAAAGUCAGUCCUUAUGGUUUCUCAGCACGAGGUCAUACGACUCAUUCACAACCUUUAUCAACAGGUGGGCAAAACUCUGGCAAACUGCAAGCCACACCUUCCUCAGCUUCGUAUGCAGAAAGGCCAACAGUCCUGCCUAUAUUCACGCUGAUGGACUCCCAGGUUAGCUACCACUCCCAAGGAGACCUACAAAGCCCUUACUCAGACAAGGUGUCUCCAAGGCAGAGAAGGAGCCUAACAAGAGACAGUGACACUCCCUUGUCCCUUCUCUCAGUCAACCAUGAGGAACUCGAGCGCUCCCCAAGUGGCUUCAGUAUCUCCCAGGAGAGAGACGACUUCCCCUUUGGCCCCAACGGGGGAUCGGCGUGGAUGAGAGAGAAACGCUACCUAGCAGAGGGGGAGACAGACACAGACACAGACCCUUUCACACCAAGUGGCUCCAUGCCUUUGUCUUCUACAGGAGAUGGGAUUUCAGAUUCAAUAUGGACCCCUUCGAACAAGCCAGUCUAAAAGUGCGUGUGGGGGCAGUCACUGGUUGACUUCUCCGUGUAAUGUAAGCAUACUUUGUAUAUCUCACUUACUCUACACCCAAAGCUUACUAGUUCCAAACACCAAUGGCUGCAUAAGAUGCAUGUGAUAUUAGUGGUAGUCAUUCUGCACCAUUUCAUACGAUUUAAUAAUGCAGUUUUUUUCAUGCUACCAAAACUAAGGAGCUUAGUUUUGAGCAUGGUUUGCAUGACUUUACCCUGUAUAAAUGGUACAGCUGAUUUCUUCUAUGAUACAUAUCUAUCUGAUACUCUUCAAUACAACAAUGGUGAAUUGAUAACAGGCAAGAUAUGGUGGUCCUUGCUAUAUUUUGUAAACAGAGCAGCAAAGUAAAAAUAUUUUCAGGAACAAUAUCCCUUUGUGGAAACAUAAUGUAUUAAUCAUUUUUCAGUAUAAGUCAAUCUCUAACCAACCUAGCCAAGAACUUCUAAUGUCAAAAGCAGGGAAAAAGCUGAGACAAAGUAUGACCUUAUUGAAAUGGGUUUCUGAACUAAGUGUUUCUCAUGUGAUUUCUUAUAUAAUUACCCCUGAAAUAUAAUGUUGAAAUUAAGUUAAGGGUAGAAUUUUAAAUCAUCAAAACCACCUUCUGGGAUUGAUCAUAGCUAUUUAUUUAUUGUAAAAUGUAAAUAUAAAUCCCUCAAACUACUUUGAAAGUCUUCACUAGUGUUUAUAAAAUUGCUCUAAGUGUGACUGCAAUGCUAUUUUAUAGAAAAUCUUUCGCUAAAUCGAUUUGUUACUUAUGGGGCCAAAUUUUCUUUCUGUUCCAAAAAUAAGGUUAUUCAGUGUAGGGAAGUCCAGGUUUAUACACUCCACUCGUUUACUGAUUUGUGUGCUGCUAAGUAAGAUGCAUAAUGUAACACUGCCUCAGUUUCCCAGUCUGUUAACUGGGAAUUAUACUUCCACACGUAAAUGCAGGUUGUAAGGCUCAAGUCACUAAUAUUUGCCAAGUGCUUUGAGCUCCUCAGAUGUGCAGAACAUCAUUAUUCUGUCUUCUGUGAGUCCCACAGUGUGAGAUGCUGCCAGGAUCUCUUUCUCUCUGUUUACUGCUUCUCUUGGAAAUAGACUGCUCCAAAUCCAUGAAUGUUUGCCAUAUUUAAAAUCUAUGUAUGAAUAAAUAAACACCAUUUUUGUCACCUGUCCCUGAGCAGCAGAGGGGUCAGGAUGCUCCCUAAGCCUUGGCCAAAUAUUAUUUUCACAGAAAUUGGAUAUUAUAUUGAGGGAGAGCAGGAAAUUCAUUCAACCCACUGGGAAGAAACAAAUCAAAGAUCUCACCAGCGGGAAUGUAGUACCUAAAAAGCUAGUGAAACUAAGCCUAUCUGAAUAUCCUAUGCAGGUCUUACCUGUGUCAAUCAAGGUGUCCAUAAAAUAACAUCCAUUUGAUUUCAAGUUUGAUGGCUGUACACUCUUUACAGCUGGUGGGAAAUUAAACUGCAGUCAGUGAGCACAGGGUACAAGAACCAAGGCACACGUCAGCUUUAGGAUGAGAUUAAUCUCACCUUUAACUCAAUUAUCUACAAUGACCAAAUUACUACCAGCUUCACAGGGAGUAGAGGGUGACUUACUUCGAUGUCAAAUGAUCAGAGACACCCACAGUGAGUGGGAAGGCUCUCACCUCUACCCCACUGAUCCAAGGUGCAGCCUCUCUGUCAUGGCUCCUGUCAAAACGACACCUGUCACUCCACACAAUUGCCAGAGCACUGACCAACAAAGACACAAGCAUUUGGUUCAUGUAAGAUGUUAGAAAGUGGUCUUUCUGUAGUGACUGCUGGUAUUAUACUGCAGCUGCAUAACUGAGCAUCCUUUGCACACCCAGUCAGAGCACAAGAACACGUUACUGGGCUUCCCAGUAGUUACUGGGUAUUGAACAGCCCUGGAUAGAGUGCACUUGAAUAAAAAAUGUUUUGUUGGGUUUUGCCCACCAUAGGAAAAGUUCAUGUUCAAUUCCUCAGCAUUGUUGACAUCUCCUAACAGUAAUUCCAUCCAGGGAGCUUCUUCUCCUUUCCAGAUGUAGGCAUUGCCUUCAUCUUCAUUAUUUAUUCUGUAUUGGAAGAGACAUCUAAAGGAUUAGGAUCUUCUUACUUCAUCUGCUUCUGCUAAAUCAUGCUGCAUCCUUUUGGGAUGGAUCUUCAGGGAGAACAAAUUGCUGUUGUUAGUGGAGUAAAUAAUGCAGACCAGUUACAGCCUUUGAAGACUGGCCUGAGUCCAUGGAGCUGUUCUGAGGCUGGUAACUAUGACGACAUGAGGCACAAUUUUGGUAAUUACUUAAUUGACAGAAUAGCCAUUGACGUGAAAGAUAAUCUCUGUUUGGUGCAAUUUUUGUGGCUAAAUUUGCAGAGAAUAAAACUAACUCACAAACUCAUUAUAAUUUGGUAUAUUGAGAAGAAUUCUUUGGGCUUUGAUGAUUCUUGGAAGUACCUGGUUUGCACCUGCUGCAGGCUUUCUGAUAUAGGAAUAGAUGCCUGUGGCAAAUCAUGAGAUUUAACCCUCACACAACAAGAGAAUGAAAAACAAUGAAAAAUGAUUUUGACAUUGCUACACUUCUGAAAUUGGUGUAAGUGUAUGCUAGACCAGCCUGCUUAUUUGUCAAGGGCCUGUCAUUCCUACUGAUUUCAUCUGAGUUUGGUCCUUCUUAAAAUGCUUUCUAGAUUGGAGCAAUCAAAAAUCAAGGCAGCCAAAAAGCAGGUACAAUCUGAGAAAUUUGUUUGUGACUGUCUUUGACAGUGUCUGUGCCAUGCAGUUCCCUGUCCAAUUCCCACUUAAAUUCUUCAGUUCGAGUUUCUAUUCUUUCCCAUGCCAGGUGAUAUAAAAGGAAUCUUCACUUACUAUUAAAUCUGGCUGAAAAUCCAUAAAUAGCCUCAUUAUAAAGGUAUGUUCUUUCCGAGAGAAAAUCCAAGCAAGGGUAGAGGCUUGGAUGAGUCUUCACCUGCACAGAGUGCAGCCCCAGAGAAAGCAGGAUUUGGGCUGCCCUGCACUCUGGUAAGUGUACACACUUACCAGCUCAACUGCCUUUAAGUCAGUGUUUUUUAUGGCCUGUCAUCACCAAUUUGCUAUAUGCAGCUUAAAGGCACCAGGUCAGGUAUUAGCAGCCACAUCAUGAAAUAUUUAAUGAUUUGCUAACUGGCCAGAUGAGGUCUGCCUCUUCUCAAAAAGCACUGGUGGUAAACUCAACAAGACCCUCUGCAGGGGACAUCUGUGGAAUCUGUGGAGAAGACCCAAGAAAUGGGACAAGGAAGAUCUGAUUGGCUUAUUUUAUUUUUUCCUACACACUUCUUCACACUGAAACCAGUCGCUGCUCUGUUCAGAAGGGUGAUGUGCUUAGCAGCUCUCUGCCCUCUACAUCAUCUGGAUUAAAAAUAGGGUGUGCAUCAGUUCUGCUGUCUGUGAUGACCACAGACAAUGUGUCAAGGUGUCACCAACCAGGGGAGAUCUGGAGACCAUCCCUGGUCUGGGAUGUGCACAUGAACUUCAUCAGACUGUAGUUCAGAUGAGUCCACAGAGUGCAUCCACCUUUGAACUGCAGUUUAUGUGCCUGCCAUAGAUACUGGACAAAACAAAAUAAACUAUGUGAGACCCUGGUAACAUUUAGAAGGUCAGGAUCUUUUUCCACAUGCAAUUCACAAUUUCAUUGGAGAGAGCUGUCUGGGUCAACAAUAGUCUUCACAAUAGGAAUGAAUUAGAUUUAUUCCUUCUGUUUCUGUGUGAUGGUUCAGUUUAAGAGCUACCAAUGCUCUUCGGGUCAGAUCUUUCUAGCAUAUCAACUGACACUUUGUUUACAUGUGGUUAAUAUAAAAGAGAACUGACCACUGGAAUCCACUCUUUGAUGACUCUUAAUUCAGUCCUUGAGAUAUUUUUCAUAAUCACAAAGUGUGGAGCUUUUCUCUGUUCUCCUUGAAGUCAGAAACCUUCUCAGACUGAUGCAGUGGGAGCAAGGCUGAGUCCUAACCUGCUUUUAUUUGUGAAUUUCUGUAUGAUAGACGGCAUUGAUCUGGAAACAUUUUUCUGGGCUACAUUUUAGCCUGAUUUUCAGUCCCUAGUGAAUGCCACACAUCUGAAAGUUUUCAAAAAGGUGAAUCUGUGUUUACAUUGUGUGCCUCUCUUUGCAGCAUUAUUGUCAGUUGAGGUUCCUCACUUUAGAUUCAAAGUAGGAAUACUUGAUUAAGGCAGAAGGGAAUGUUCAGUUGAAGUAUGCAGGUAUAGAAAGUGUGGUUUAUGCUCUAAUUAAGGAGAACUUUAAAAAAAGGUCUAGUCGGGUAAUGGCUGUUGUCGCUGCCUUGGCUUUUCCCUGCACUGAAUUAAUCAGUUUGGCUCCCAUCAAAAUAAAAGGAAAUUCAACAUGUGGAGAGAUUGAUUAAAAAGUCCCUAAACUGACUUCGGCUAUAUUUGCUCUGUUUUUAUCUGUAACUUUGCUGCAUUGUUACGGUUCAGAGUGGAAGUAGUUUAAAAUUUUUCUGCUCCAAGUUGUGGCCCAGGAGCACCACAAACUCAACCCGACCUGAACCUGCGCUCAGCGGGGCCGCUGCCUCGUGGCCUUCAGGCGAGCACCGAGGUCCAACCAGUUUGCAAGAUCACAGCCUAAAGCAGUCAGAAAAUUCAGAGUAAGGAGUGAAUUCGGCCUUGCUGGGAGCCCAGUUGCUGCAGAGGUGUCAUAUCUGCUUAGGUAAGAGCUAAAUUCGUACUGCUUUACUGAAGAGCAGGUGAGAAAGAGCUGGAUCUUGACUCCUUGCACCCCACAGCCCCCACCACCAUGCUUUAGGUGCCUAAGAGGGCAAACCUAAAUUUUCUGAAUUUGGUGGGAUAUCACUUUUUCAGGAGCCCAGCUGAAUGUGGAUGUUCACCCUGGAAGACUAUUUUCAGAGGUACAGAGGAAUAAGGGGCCAUUUUCAAGUGUUUUUAGCUGGGCACUGUGGGAAUAAAGAUCCUGGGUAUCAGUUUUGCUUCUGAUUAUUUAGGCUGUAAGUAUUGAUUCUUCCAAAUUCAGCUUUGAGUAGCUUCCCUCUGAAGUUAAGUGAAACAAAAUACUGAAAGUGGGAUCCUAUUCCAUCGCCGAGAACGUGUUGGGACUGAAGGUUACAUAGCCAACUGCAUUUUGUUUUCUAGUUAUAGCAUCUUAUUAUUACUAGUAUUUGUGCCUUGCUCACUGAAAUUUUCUCCAUGCUACAAAGAUGCUUUUUCAGAUUCUGGCUGACAAGGGAACACAACUUUUAUACAAGUGGCCUUUAGUGCUCUUUAUAAUAUUAUUUAUUGUAAUUUUUAAACAGUACGUGUAAUUUCUAUUCUGGCACUGUCCAAUAUUUGAACAACUUUAAUAUGUUUAUUUCAAUAUAUUAUGCAAACAAUACUUCUUAACUGAUUUUUUUAUGUUCUGUCUUUAAAAACUGCACCACUUAUUAAUAAAUAGAAAUUUCAAUUA